AAUUCCACAUUGCAUUUUCCAUUUCCUUCUAAAAGUAUAGUAGUAUUUUUUUUGUUCCUUUUGUUGCCUUCCUUACAAGGAAAAUUGAGGAACCUCUCUUUCUAUUUUUUUAUUAUUUGAGACCUAUUUUUAGCCAUCUCUUACAAACUGAUGCGGUUUGAUGGCUCUGAUUUUUUAAAAAAUAAAAUACCAAUCAAAGAUUAUUAUACCGAAGCUUUACGUAAGCGUAAGCCAGUGCAUUGCCCAAUAUGCAGACACCGAGGCCGUUUAACGAAAAAUCUAUAUGAGAUAGGACGGCGCAUCCCCUCGGUCCUUACGGAAGGAAUGGCAUUUUGCCAUAUUUGUAAAGAAUACAUCAUCAAUCAAGAAUCACGAACUCUAGGGGAUAUAUUCUGGUAUUGUGAACUCUGCGAAGUGUGCCUGUGCGGUCGAUGCCAGCGCAAAAUGGAUUAA